AUGGAUUCUGAAUAUCGAGUAGAAACAACUUCUGAGCUGGGUAACGCUUGCGAUGUCACUUGGAUUUCUGGAGGCCUGUUCAAAGACUGUGCGUAUCUUGGCAAGAUCGUUGCACAGGGUAGGCGAGCCGGCGAGCACUGGAUAACCUCAGUCAGCUAUUCAAGCUUUUUCAACUUUCCGGGCUAUGAAGUUAGCGAACAAGGCUUGCCUUCUGUGGUUGUUCCUCUUGGCUAA